AUGCAACUCACAUGGAAGGAUAUCCCGUCGGUUCCGACAUCCAACGAUAUGUUGGAUAUCGUGCUUAACAGAACCCAAAGAAAAACUCCAACCGUCAUCAGACCGGGUUUCAAAAUCACUCGUAUUAGGGCUUUCUACAUGAGAAAGGUCAAGUUCACUGCUGAGGGAUUUGCUGAGAAGUUCACAGACAUGUUGGCUGGGUUCCCCAACAUUAACGAUGUUCACCCAUUUCACAGGGACUUGAUGGACACUUUGUACGAGAAGAAUCACUACAAAGUGUCGCUUGCGGCCGUUUCUAAGGCCAAAACCUUGAUUGAGCAGGUUGCUCGUGAUUACGUUCGUUUGUUGAAGUUUGGUCAGUCGUUAUAUCAAUGUAAGCAGUUGAAGCGUGCUGCUUUGGGUAGAAUGGCUACUAUCGUCAAGAAAUUGAAGGAUCCAUUGGUGUAUUUGGAGCAGGUGAGACAGCAUUUGGGCCGUUUACCUUCCAUCGACCCCAACACCAGAACCUUGCUUAUUUGCGGUUACCCUAACGUCGGAAAGUCUUCGUUCUUGCGUUGCAUCACUAAGGCUGAUGUAGAGGUUCAACCUUAUGCUUUCACCACUAAGUCGUUGUACGUGGGUCAUUUUGACUACAAGUACUUGCGUUUCCAGGCCAUCGAUACCCCCGGUAUUUUGGACCGUCCAACUGAGGAGAUGAACAACAUCGAAAUGCAAUCCAUUUAUGCCAUUGCUCACUUGCGUUCGUGUGUGUUGUACUUCAUGGAUUUGUCUGAGCAGUGUGGUUUCUCUAUCGAGGCUCAGGUCAAAUUAUUCCACUCCAUCAAGCCUUUGUUUGCCAACAAGUCAGUGAUGGUGGUUAUGAACAAGAGUGAUAUUAUCAAGGUGGAAGACUUAGAUGCUGAGAAGCAGGAGCUCUUGAACUCCAUCUCUUCCACUCCAGGUGUGGAUGUCAUGCACACUUCGUGUUACGAGGAGGAUAACGUUAUGCAAGUCAGAAAUCAGGCCUGUGAGAAGUUGUUGACUGCUCGUAUUGAACAGAAGUUGAAGGGUUCCGCUAGAGUGUCCAACGUGUUGAACAAGAUCCAUGUUGCUAGACCUCAACAGCGUGAUGAGGCCGAGAGACCAGCAUACAUUCCGGAUGCCGCUAAGAACGUGGCUAAGUACGAUCCUGAGGACCCUAACAGAAGAUUGUUGUCCAGGGACAUCGAGGGCGAGAAUGGAGGUGCUGGUGUGUUCAACAUCAACUUGAAGGACUUCUACUUGUUGGAUGAUGACGAAUGGAAGAAGGACACUAUGCCUGAGGUUUUGGACGGUAAGAACGUUUACGACUUCUUGGACGCCGACAUUGCUGCCAAAUUGCAAGCAUUGGAGGACGAAGAAGAGAGAUUGCAGGCUGAAGGAUUCUACGACUCGGACUCAGACCUCGAAGAUGAGGAUGCCGAAGAUGUUCGUGAAAAGGCUGAAUGGAUCCGUAACAAACACAAGGUGAUGGUUCAGGAGUCCAGAAACAGAAAGUCGUUGAAGAACAGAUCGUUGAUUCCACGUGAACACAUCAAGAAGACAUUCGGUGAGAUGGAAGAGCAUAUGAGCUCGUUAGGCCACGACACCGACCUGUUGAGAUCGCGGGUCAAGGGACCAGGCAAGAGAGAAUUGAGUGGAGUGGACAUUUUGAAGAAGAACCAAGGUGUCAAGAAGUCCAUCCAGAAGAAGAAGGCUCCAAUCAGCCAACUGGACAGAUUCAACGAUGGUGUUGCCGAUGGAGCACAGAGAUCGCAGGCCGAGAGAUUGGCCAAGUUGCAGAGAAGAGAGAGAAACAGAAUGGCCAGACAGGGAGAGGCCGACCGUCAUGUGGCAGCAGCCAUGCCCAAGCAUUUGUACUCUGGAAAGAGAGGAUUUGGUGCCGACCGUCGUUAG